AGUAGGGAUUUAAACCAGAGGGAAGGUAUACUCCUUUCUGAUUAUGCGUGCCACUCAAAUUUCAAGCUCAAUAAUGGAUAUCCUUGUUUUACACAUCUUCAAAACUUUGAAUUUAAAUGAGCUAAUUAUUUAAGAAACAACGAAAGAAUGAAGGAUCAAGGCAGCUUUGGCAACUUACAGAUAUAACAAUCAGGACAGAUCUUGGUGAAAAAAGGUAUGUUUAGAAUAGAACAUGUGUUAGUAAUAAUAUUAUUAAUGCCUCUCCUUUAAUA